AUGUCUUCGGCCCGAGACCCGGCCGCCGAAGCCGAUGAGAAGCACGGCUCCGCGCCCCCGGGCCUCCGUUUAAACCACCCCUCCGAAACGACUCUCACGCCCGGCUCGAACUCGGACAACGACCCCGAAACCCAACCCUCCGCGGCGGCGGCGCCCACGACAUCCGACCCCGGCGCCGUCCCAGAUGGCGGGCUCGAGGCCUGGCUCCAGGUCCUCGGGUCCUGGGUCGUCCUCGCCGCCACGUGGGGCCUCGUCAACACCUUCGGCGUGUACCAGACCUACUACGAGACGACCCUCGCCGCGACGCCCUCGGCCAUCUCCUGGAUCGGCUCGCUGCAGGGCGCGCUGCUGAUGCUCGUCGGGCCCGUCUCCGGCCCGCUGUACGACGCGGGCUACUUCCGCGAGCUCCUCUGGGCGGGGCUCUUCCUCAUCCUCCUCGGCCAGUUCAUGACCUCGCUGUGCACGACCUACUGGCAGGUCCUGCUCGCGCAGGGCGUGUGCAUCGGCCUCGGCUGCGGGCUGACCUUCCUCCCCUCGACGGCGAUCCUCAGCCAGUACUUCCUCAAGCGCCGCUCCUUCGUCAUCGGCAUCGCGGCCACGGGCUCCCCGAUCGCGGGCAUGGUGUUCCCCAUCAUCUUCGGCCGGCUGCAGCCCGUCAUCGGCUUCGGGUGGGCGACGCGCAUCAUGGGCUUCAUCCUGCUCGGGCUGUCCGUCAUCCCGGCACUGUGGAUGCACACGCGUCUGCCGCCGUCGGGGCAUAAGCGGUCGCUCAUCGACCGGACGGCGCUGCGCGACCCGGCCUUCAUGCUGGUCAUGGUCGGCUCCUUCUUCGCGUUCCUGUCCAUGUACAUUGCCUUCUUCUACAUCCAGCUGUUCGCAGUCAGCCGCGGCAUCGGCCCGGCGUCCUUCUCGUCGUACUUUGUGACGCUGCUGAGCGCGGGGAGCAUCCCUGGGCGGGUGGUGCCCAACUACCUCGCGGACAAGAUCAGCGCGGUGUACGUGCAGACGUCGCUCGCUGCGGGGGCGGCGAUCAUGAUGUUUGCGUGGCUGGGGAUCAACAACAUGGCGGGCCUGAUUGUGUUCGCCAUUAUCUACGGUUGUUUUUCGGGAGGCAUGGUCAGCAUCACGCCGAGCGUCAUCGUGAGUCUGUCGCCGGACCUGGGCCGCGUGGGGACGCGCAUGGGCAUGAUGAACUUCACCUCGGGCAUCUCGAUCCUCAUCGGCACGCCUAUUGCCGGCGCAAUCCUGGGAGGAUACAGCGAGGUGGAGUGGCAGGCCAUGAUCGGGUACGGAGCAGCGGCUCUGACGGUGGGAUGUUUCUGCUUCACGCUGGCCAAGAUCUUCCAGCUGAAGCAAGAGCGGUCUCUGAAGGCUUGA